ACAAUACUAGCGACGAGCGACAACAGAUUGAGUUUUUAGGUGAGACCCGAAAGUUUUGUGAUCGCAUUUUCCGUUUCCAAAUUUCAUCUCAUUCGAAAUUGGAUUGCAGAUGGCAGACAAGAACGUAGACAAUACUUCGAACACCGCUGAUCACGCACAAAAGCAAACCAAAUUCGGUAUCGACAUUCCACUUUUUCCCUAUCAGGUUUUACAACUUCCAAURAUGAUACUCCGGGAUUCUCGACGAUUUUCGUCGACUUUAUUGUCCCUGUGUUGCUGUCUGUCUGCUGUUUUUUGGGUUUGUCCAAACCAAAGGCGAGGAAGUCUUCUCCUCGUGGAUUCUGCCGUAACGGAUGGAAGGCAUAGCUACAGCCUGACUACGUUUGAUCCGMAUGGAAAGUUGGGACAAGUUGAGAGAGCGAUGAUGGCUGCAUCUAUGGGGACUCCCAUUGUCGGAGUCAUCAAAGGAAACGAUAUCAUACUCGCAUCGCCGCAGAUUUUGCCGUCUCCCCUAAUGAAUGACGACGGUACCUCUCGGUUUGCUGUCGCGUCACCCCAAAUCAUUCUUGGACAMUCGGGAAUCGCAAGCGACGGGAGAGUGGUGGUAGAAAGUGCACAACGUUUGGCCAUUGAGCAUUCUUACACCUACGACGAACCUAUUCCAAUCGGCCUGUUCCUGGAGGAACUCUCUCUGUUGUUUCAGGCAUAUACCAUGAAACCAGGCGCCCGUCCCUUCGGCUGCACCCUUCUCGUAGGAUAUUUGCCGCCACCACGAGUCCGUUCCGCAACACAAAACACUGAUAAGCCUCGACUGUUCAAAAUAGAUUGUUCCGGAGCCGUAGUUGAGCUUGAUACGAUAGCUGUCAUCAAUGGUAAAUUCAAGGGAGAUAUCAACAGCAGGCUACUAGAUUUUUCGAAGCUAGACUAUGGCAAAGAAUCUAUCGGCAACAGCAACGACCACUUGGAGAAAGACAGAGAACUCAUAUCCCGAAUACUUCAAGAAGGGUUGCAGCAUGCUGUUACCAGUCGUAAUAAACAAACUCAGACGAAAUCGUCGCGCAGUGGAAAAAGCAGUUCUAGAAACACUGAAGAUGUGAUUAAGUUACCCCUGCGAAUCAUAAGCGCCUCUUUCGAUCGUGUAAACGGUUUCGAAGUCGAGCGACGAAUGGUAGGGAAUGGGUCAGAUCCAACGAUUCGACAAUGAAAGUAAGCCUAAUGCAGCCCGAGUGAAAGUCACGAUUCUUUGCAACCAGCAAUUAUUCUGAUAACACAAAAUAGUUUUUCGUGAGGAGAUAGGGCCCCAUAUGYUAAAAAGUCCUUAUUYAAUGUUCACGAUCUAUUCUAAGCUUCUAAAACGAGUUUUUCUUUCGGUGUUGGAGGCGGAUUAUUGGUGAAGUAGGGAUGAUCAAGAGCUUGCCGAGCGGAAAAUCUCAUAUUUGGAUCAAGCGUAAGGAGAGACCUCAGCAAGGAUAUAGCAUCCUUUGGAGCUGCUGUAAAUAUUUCGUCAAAGGGAAUAGCAGGAACAUCGUCCCAUAUUAAUCCUCUUGCACAUAAUGGUAGCGUGUUAUGGUCAGGCCAAUUUACGUCGGUGGGAGUCCCAAAGACGGUGAAGAUGGUGUCCAGUUGCGAAAUGUCCGAAUUUUUUCCUUGCAAAAAGGGCCGUCGCAAGAGCAAUUCUGCAAAGAUACACCCAACACUCCAAAUGUCAGCCGCCGAAGAAUAUUCGUAAGAUCCUAAGAGCAAUUCCGGGGGUUUGUACCACAGAGUGAUGGCCUGUGGAGAGAGCCGUGUUUUGGGUGUUCCGUACAUUCGAGCGAGACCGAAAUCACCCAAUUUCAUUGUUCCGUCCUUAAUAAAAAGCCUUUGAUUAU